UUAGGAUAGAAUACGCACGCAUACACACGUAGAGGGUCAGAAAAUUGUGAUAAGACUUUUUACAGCACUAGCAAAAUUCGCUCAGUCGUUCUCCUAAUCUCGAGUGUGAUUUACCACUCGGCGAGAAAAUCACUUACGCGCCACAAUCGUGCCAAUUGCACGAGAUUGCGAGUUACUCUAUAUUGGUGCUAUUAAAUCCCUUAUCUAUAAUCCACUCUCCAUUGAUUUCUUCUUAUCAAUUUGCCUUCCGUGUGUGAUUCCUUGGCCAAUGAAAAAUUGUUAUCCAUCGUGGAAAUUACGCACGAUUGUCUGUCUAGUGUGUGUGGUGUAAUAUUAUAUACGUAAUAUAAUUGAGGAUAACACUUAACCCAUGGAUCUCAUUGUUGGUGCCUACAAAAUCUGGAGGACACAUUCUGGCUUCACAGAAAUAGUGUCGCAAAUGGAGGAGGAUUUUGAGCAAGAGAAGCUGUCUAUCUCGAGAGGACGCGCUAAAAAGUACGGCAGCACGUGCAAUCACGUGAGAAACACAGACAUACUCGUGCGGCAUGAAGUUGAAAAGUCGGACACCCUGCAGGGAAUUGCCCUCAAAUACGGUUGCACUACUGAGCAAAUUAGGCGAGCAAACAGACUGUAUGCGUCGGACAGCCUGUUCCUGCGGCAGUACUUAAUGGUGCCCGUGGAAAGGAAUUCCCCGUAUGCAGCAUCAAAAGAUGAUCGUCCUCAUUCCCUGCCGCCCCAGAGAUCCGCCUCACUGGCUGAAAACUGCUCAGCUGAUCCCAAUGCAAACACCAGCCGCUCCCUGGACCACAUGGCUCUGUCGCCGGACGAAGAGAAUCGCAGGAGUGUCGAUGAAUUUCUCGGGAAGAUCGAUAGUACCAUCGCUGAAUCCCGGAAAUACGUCAAAAAGUCCCAGAAUAGUAUUGACUUCCUAUCACCGGAUUGCGUCGAUGGCGAUGGAGUCUUUUCGCCGACAAAGAGAACCAAUUCAGCAUCAUACAGCGGUUCAUCGCAUCACAGGAACAGCAGCUCAUCGGGCAGUGACUCGAGUCACCUGAUUGUGAUGACGCAGGGACGUCACGUGCAGAACUCUCUGCAGCGACUUGAGCGGCAACAGGAUGAGCUGUUCGAGUUGUAGCAUUCGGUGAAUGCUCUGCCAAAGUUCUACUACAAGCUCUACUGCAUCAAUUUGCCCAACCUCCGUGGUCACAUGAGUAGAAUGCUGCGAAAUAGUAGCGACGAGAGCAAGUGUCUAGUGAAACGAGCACAACUCUAAAAAAAAACAAACAUGAAGAGGUAAAUUACUCCCCACUUAUAAAACAUUUUUCCUGAAAAAAAAAUUGCGAUUGCUGCGCACUCAAAGAUAUUGAGAGAGAAAAAAUGUGAAAACAUAUCCCUUUUUGUAUGUCUCGCAUUUCUUGUAAAAAAAAAGAAUGGAAAAGAGAAAGAGAAAAAGAAAUUGUGGGCAAGGUAAGAAAUAGUUUAUCGAUGGAAAAAAACACCGACAACUUAACCCUCCAAAAGUAACUACAUAUAAAUGUUAAUUAAAAUCAAUAUUUUAAUCACACAGACUCCUUUCUCUUGUAAACAAAGCUUUCUACACACGAACCAAGAAAAUCGAUUUAUUUUGAUACGCGAUCCCACUUUUCCUCUAUAAAUAAAUCCGCAUUUUUCGCCAUGGAAUUAUGUAAGAAAACAAGGGGUGAAAUAACAGGUAAAUAAUGCAAGAAAAGACGUUUGAAAGAAAAAGGAAAAAUUCUUUCUUGUUAGUGCUUAAAUUGCGUGAUGCUUUUUUUGUCUGAAAAUUUGACAAUUUUUAGCUCUCUCAAUGAGCGAGAGGUUUAUCUCAUUUAAAGAAAAAUAAUAAAUUGCCUUAAUUGAAUUGAUAAGAACGCCUAAACAUUCAAAUACGUCAGAAAAUGAGAGAAAAAAUGCUGAUCCAGAGCAGAAUGUUUGAUGUGUUGGGGAAUUUGUAAAAUAAAAAUUCCUAACAAGGGUUGAAGAAGAACGGGAGGGGGGAAUUUAUGAAAAUUGAGAGACUUUUAGUUGAUUUAUUCCAUGCGCUGUAAUAUUAGAAUAUAAAUAUUCUAUGAGAUAUAUUUCCUAUAAUGAUACGUUGAGAGGGAAAGAGCUGAGAGAGAGAGUAAAUAUGAUAUUAUGACACUCUUGUAAAAAAAAUGCAAUGCAAAAGAAAAAGGGAAUUCAUUGAAACACGUAAAAGUUUUCUUCGUGCUUACCAUUUUAUUUUAGUUCAUGCAGCAGUGGUGGAAAAAAUAAGAAAAUCACGAAAUUUUCAAAGAAUUUCCCAGAUGUUUGACCUUGUAAUAAAUAUUCGAAAUCUUGAUUGGA